AUGAAAGCAUAUAAUGAGCGCAAGACGGGAUCGUGUAAAUGGUUCAAUGUUCUCAAAGGUUUCGGUUUCAUCGUUUUGGACGACACCAAAGAAGACGUAUUUGUACAUCAAUCGGAGUUGAAGAUGGAAGGCUUCAGAAGUCUGGAAGAGGGAGAACGUGUUGGCUUUUACGUGCGAACGCGAAAUAGCGGUCAACGUGCGGGAGCGCUCGAGGCGUGGGAGGUCGGACCGGAAGAUGAAAGCAAGACGCUGAUUGGAAGCAGUAUUCGUCCGCUUGGUGCUAAAAAAGACCGUCUUAUAAGAUGCUAUAAGUGCGGGCGGUUUGGAAACCAUAUGGCUCAGCGAUGUAGGAAGGUGGAUGCUGAUGAAAAGGUGUGCUAUGGUUGUGGAGCAACAGAUCAUCUAUUCACAGCUUGCCCAAAAGUGACUCAUCGAGCAAAACCAGGUGUGUUUUUUGUAUUCUGGUCGAUGAAAAGCGUGAAGUUCUCAGCUUUUUUUUCACUGUCUGUAUUAUCGCGGGAAAAUGAAAUGGAGCGUCACCUGUAA